CAUGCACUUUAGUCAUGCUAUGCAUCAUUUUCGCACCAAAAAAUACAGCCAUAUGUGACACACACCAGUAUAUAUACUGUCCAAAAACCAAGGGUCGCAAGGGGUGGGGUGGGGUGGAUGUGACUCUGCUUUUUUCCAUUCAUUAUCAGCAUACAGCACUCAAAUUUUGUCUCUGUGGAUGUAGUACUACUGAUAUGUACAGUAAGUCAGACAGAGCUCAGUCACUGAUUUUUGCAUGUAGCACUUACCCUGUCCUUUCCUUAUCACAUAGCUAUAUACUGUUCUUGUCAUUUGUUCUCCUUCACGGAGCUCUAACUUUUCACAUGCAAUUUGUUCAUUCUUUUUUCUUUUUUCUUUUUUUUUGAUACUAUAAUUUAAAUGCAAAUUGCACAUUCUGGCAUUUUUGAUCCGGCUGCUCUAACCCAGUUGGUUAGCACCCAUGUGAUGUGUGCCACCCAAAUUUAAUUGAAUUGGAUGCAAAUACUAGCAGUUGACAUGAUUCCUAGACUAUUAGCAUCUGAAGAACUACAAGUAUGGGCCGUAUAUGAUUUAGAGAGAGUUGGUAGUCUGGGAGGUCAGCGGAAGGGAUAACACGGCCAUGUGGAGAACCGAGUAAAACAAUGUUGCGCGGCAUCACGUCGACCAUCGAUAGCUUCAUUGUCUGUAGCAGGACAAUUGAGAUCCAAAGUACCAGGAAGGGUAGUUCAGGUCCAUGCCUGAAGAGCAGACAUAAAAAUCAUUCUUCUCCUUUUUGUUCCCUAAGUGGUUUCCAUUAGGUGGAAAAAACAGCAAAACUUACAAUUGUGCGAUAACUUUGGUAAACACAACAAAACCCCAAAGUACAACAAUCAGCUUCGUGUCACUGAACUUCUACAUACUCUCUUUUCUUUUUGGUUAAUGUACAUGUGAAACACAGCAGCUUUCUUACAAAGAUUAGCCUAAUCUGUUUUUGUUACUAACUCCUCUAUCUUCGUUUCUUUCUUUUGUUCAUGUACAUGUGAAAAAGAUCAACUCUAUUUUUCCUGGACUAAUCAUGGAACAAGCUGGACUGUGCUUUCUCUGUUUUGCCUUCUUGCUCCUCCUUAGUUGUGGUGAAUCUUCGGAAGAGAAAGGUUAUGGUGCAAGUGCAUAUGCUAUGCACUGGGACCCUGAUCAUACAUAUUCUGAACAAAACGGUUUUGAUGUGAGUGCAUAUGCUGUGCACUGGGAUCCCGAUUAUCCACAUUCCGAACAAAACGGUUUUGGUGCGAGUGCAUAUGCUGUGCACUGGGACCCCGAUCAUCCACAUUCUGAACAAAACGGUUUUGGUGUGGGUGCAUAUGUUGUGCACUGGGACCCCGAUCAUCGACAUUCCGAUCAACUCUAUUUUUCCUGGACAAAUCAUGGAACAAGCUGGACUGUGCUUUCUCUGUUUUGCCUUCUUGCUCCUCCUUAGUUGUGGUGAAUCUUCGGAAGAGAAAGGUAAUGGUGCAAGUGCAUAUGCUGUGCACUGGGACCCUGAUCAUACAUAUUCUGAACAAAACGGUUUUGAUGUGAGUGCAUAUGCUGUGCACUGGGAUCCCGAUUAUCCACAUUCCGAACAAAACGGUUUUGGUGCGAGUGCAUAUGCUGUGCACUGGGACCCCGAUCAUCCACAUUCUGAACAAAACGGUUUUGGUGUGGGUGCAUAUGUUGUGCACUGGGACCCCGAUCAUCGACAUUCCGCUUCUGCUGUUCCUGAAGCAGUGGCAAAACAUCAUCAGAUAAAAGUUCAAACUGGCAUGUUGUUCCUGAAGAAGAAUCUGCAUGUUGGCACUGUACUUCCGGAAGGAACCAAGUUUGCCCGAGCCGGUGCACCAAAGCCUGUCGAUUUCAUCUCAACUCUGUUGGAGUCGAAGAACUUGCCAAGCAUUCUUGCGCGGUUCAAGAUACCUCACGGCUCGAUGAAGGCGAAGCAGGUAGCUGACACCCUUGAGUCAUGCGGCAAACUGGUUGAAAUGGAGGAGCCUCACAUGUGCUUCACAUCUCAUGAAGCAAUGACAAGGUUUUCCACCAAAGCAUUAGGACUGAGCGGCGCACGCUCAGCCAUUACAAGGAUUCAUGGGCAUGAGACCCCCAACUCCAUGUACACUAUUGCACAGAUCGCCCAACUGAGCAACAAUGUGGUGCCAUGCCACCCUAUGGAUUUUCCAUAUGAGGUUUUCUACUGCCAUCGGCCGAAAGAGGUGCAGGCUUUGAGGGUGCAACUCAAGGGCUUGAAAGAUGGAAUGCCGCGCGUGACGGCAACAGCCAUGUACCACAUGAACACAUCUGAUUGGGACGAGCAGUACUUUGAGCUUUUGGGCGGAGAGCGUGGCGAAAGCAUUUGCCACUACAUGCCAACAAACUACAUCAUGUUCUAUUAGCUGUGGAAGGACAGCAAGGUGGCAUGAGUGGUGCUAAAGAAGAUUAAAGACGUCCAGUUUCGUCAGCAGAAGCAGCUAGCCUUGAUGCUUUCGAUGGAAACGGCCCUCAGCAUUAUGCUUUACCCUAGUUAUCUUGCUCCUUUGUUACGAGCUGGUAUGUAAUAAGCACUUAUCACUUGCUCGAGUUGUUAGGUAAAACCCUGUUUGUGAUGUACUACGACCUUGUGGGCUUUAUUAAUUUAUGCGAUUGUGAUAUUUGGCACAUGUGUGCCAUAUAAGCA